UAUGAAACACACACACACACACACAUAUAUGUGCAUGUAUGAAGAUAUAUUGGUCGGAAAUGUUUUAACUAGGGGAACAUCUCUGUUCAAUCACCGAUUUGGUUUUCCUCGACAGUGUUCUCCCCUCAAAAAAUGGGGAAAGACAACAAACGGCUGCUGUCCAAAAUACGAUUCGAGAUUUUACAUGGAGAUGCUUUGAGACUAUUCCAAGAAGAAUACUUCGCUCUCGAUAUAAUCAGGAUUUUAUAUGAAGAUAAUGUGGAUGAAAAAGAGAAAAUACAGUUGCUAACUUUACUUCAAGAAUAUGGAGGACUUGGAUUGGAAUUAUCCAGUGUGGAUCAAAUUAUCACGUCUUUGGUGGAUAUCUGCAGUCAAUAUCUUAAUCAAGUUCCCAAAUCCAGUUUUCUUUCACAGCUUAUCAUAACAGCAACAUCCUUAACGCUGCAGUUUAACCUGGUGAAAAAUGACUUGCAUAUCUGUGGUAUGCUGAUAGAUUUACUGUUGCCUCUUGUGAAGAAAGUAGAUGAUACCAGUAAUCUACAGCUUCGGGGUAUAGCUUGCUGCUGUUUGGAAGAAAUGGAAUGUUUUUGCCCUGGACUUUUGAAGAAAUAUUUAACCCCGAUCUUGAAAACAGCCCAGCUGGAGUCAACUUAUAUGUAUCAAGAUAUUGUUUGCCUUCUGUCACGGAUAAUUCACCACAUCACAACAAAACAAAAUGUGUUCGAAUCAAAGGAAACUAAACAUUCAAGACACUCAACUGAUGAGCCUCCAAGUCCUGAUGAACAAUCGUUGUUGAACAUGGAGGUGAAGCAGUUUGUGUCUCUAGUCAUGGAUAACUACAUACCUUUCACUCCAGCAUGUUUGUGGACAUUAAUAGACACCAUUGUAACUAUUGUGAAGUCUGACUGGGAAACUCCGCCCUCUAUUUUUAAGUCUCUAGCUCUCCAGUACACGUCAACAUUUGAUGCAAGUUUAUUUUUGAUGGUUGUCUAUUUAAAGAUGGAAUUUCCCCGCCAAAUCUUGUUGAAUUCUGAAGAGGUUCUUCUUCAUAAACGUUUUGUUAUGGCAUCCUUGCAUCCUGCUCAUAGUGUAUUACAUCGGCAUCUGAUGUUGUCGUGCUUGGCUGAUUAUAUUGAAUAUAACGAGAGAGAACAAUGCAAAUAUUCUGUGAUGAAUUCUGUUCCUGUCAUAGCUUCAAAACAGAUCGCAGACCUCAAUCCAACAGCUUUUGAUGAUAUUUCAAUUCAACUCAAAAAAGUGCUUAUACUUAAUAAAUGUCUUCCUCCUGCUUUAGAUUCUGACAACAGCUUCCUACUGAACAACCUCCAGUCAAUGAAAAAGUUAGCCCAAUCCACAGAUGAUCCCCAUGCUGCUGUAUCCUUGUACUGUGCCCUAUUUCAUUUUUACUGUCGACAUCACACCUCUAAACUUGGAACUAAUAUUCAAAACCUAAUGCUGGAAUUGGUGUGUUCAAACUCCAAAUUUAUUCCUUACACUCUGGACUUCCUCAUGCAAGUUGAGAAAGAUGUACCAGACAGUUCCGUCUACCUUUAUUUACUGGAAGAAUUACAGAAGAUGGUAACCUCUGUAGAUAUGGUAAACAUAACGGAAGAUUUACUUUACAAUUAUUUGGAUGUCCUGAAAAUGACGGCUAAUGAUGAAAGAAUUCCACCUUUGGCAACCAUUCGUUUCCUGCACAUCAGUGUGCUGCAUUCGUUAGUGAAUGACAAACUGUCGUGGUCGUUAGCAACAGCAGUUCUAGAAGUGUGCAGAAACAUCCUCUUGCAUCACAACACACAGACUAUAUUCACAGAAAUCGACAGUUUUUUACAUUUUCUAAUGACCAAUUCCAAAGAUGUUGACAUCAUAGACAGAGCUACUUUCUACUAUUCAUUAUUGAAUGGUGCUGCUGAUACCAAGGUGAGAGUGGUGGUAGUGGUGGUGGUGGGGUGGAAUUAGAGCCCCUUUUGUUGUUUCUUGAGGGUCAAAUCUUGAGGCUAAUCCAGCUUUAAAUGACAUGAAACAUUUUUCACUUUGGGUAUGUUUUGCUUUUCAUUGAGCUUGGAAAUCCUGGUGGCAUCUAAUUCCAUAUCCCUAGUCUAUGGGUGUCUACACGGCCAUUCAACAGGAUUAGUAGGGACCUAUGUGUGUAUGUGUGUUUUCAUAUCUUAGGGAUAUGGAAAUGGAUGCCACCAGGAUUACCAAAUCCAAUGAAGUACUUGAAUGGAAGUUGUAAUAAUUUUUAAUUCUUCACUGGCAUGAAAAAAGCUCCUAGUUCAUGCUCUAAAAUAGUUGGCGCUAAGAAGGGCAUGCGACCACAAAGACCAUAUCAAAGCUUCAUGUAGUCCUUGGAUCCAUUGGAUCUUGUCAAACUGUUGAAUUCAUGCCAACAUGGAAUAAGGGCUUUUCAUGAUGAUGAUGGUGAUAAUGAUGAUUGGCUGGAUUCUCAGUUAUGAAAAUAUCUGAGACAGAGAGGUGUAAAAUAUUGGUAAAAAUAUUCUUGGACCCUUUCAGCAGAACUUGGGAAUGACUGAUUUUUCAAGUAUUGUAGUUGAUUCAAAAGUUUGGGGUGAGGGAAGAUUAUUCCCAUAAUUUGUAGGUUUGUCCUGUUGUUUGAAGACCCCUCAUGCUAAAAAUGGUUUCUAAUUUAGACACAAAGCCAGCUCUUUUGAAGUUAGUCAUAGCAUUGAAUCCAGUACUUCACAAGUAAGCCUCUGGAGUUGAUCUUGAUGUGGUUUAAACUGGAAGAAAAACUACAAAGCUUUUUUUCUUACGCUCUAGCAAUCCUGCCAGGUCCUUGCCUUAAUUCUCUAGCAUCGAUACAGGCCAUAUCUGGCCCAAAUAUUCUAUAUGUUUUUUUGUUUAAACUAGUGGGAUCCAGCCUCUCACACCAACUCUACAAUGUCAUUUUGAAAAUAAACAAUCACAUCAUCGUAAUUUCGAAUCUUCGAAAUAAUUCUCGAUUUAUUCAAAAUAAUGCGAAGGCAUUCGACAAAAUGUCCGCUGAGUGAAUUUUCAGUAUCUCAGGCGUGUUCUGUCAAGGGAGGUAACUUCUAUUUUGGAGUUUUCUCCCUUGUUUACUAUACAUUUAAUGUUUCCCGCUAUAA